AUGUCGGUACACCAGACACACCCCCGCCGCCGGCCCUUUAAGCCAACGGACCCCACGGUUCCUUCACUCAGCACCCAUGCCAUGCAACUUCGCAAGAGCGGCACCUUCUCGUCACCAAAGUCCAUUUCAUCCGACCUCUGUGACUUGGACAACCAUCGCUACAUGCCCCGUCGCUCCCCUACCAGUACCGAGAGCCUCGAGGAGCUGAUGAAUGACGCCGGUGUCCAGCGAGUGGCCAAAUUUCUCAAAGAUUUCGAGAAGAAGCUCGCGGGUCACAAGUCGUCGGCCGCCAGCAUUCUGAACGACCCGGAAGUUCUCCCUGUGCCGAGCUUCAUGCUUGACAAUACCAGCAUCGACGGGACGCCCAUGGAAAUUGACUGCAAACCGACUGUAGCGGACCAGAACCCCCACGAACACGCGUCCGACAGCGGUCUUGGAACCAGCCUGCAUGAUUCCAAACUCGGUAAGCUGCACAUGUCGCCUUCGAAUCCGCCGACACCACGCUCUAACACAUAUAAAGGCGACAGCCGCUCGGUUUCCACUUCAGCAAUCUCCUCCCACUCUGCUGUAACCCAGUCCUUCUCCGCUCAAAGCGCCCUGGAAGAAAAACAUACCUUAGGAGAGCAUGCGUGCAAACAGAUCCACGAUCUAAUCAUUAAGCCUAUCCUCGCAGAGGAGUCCCUCAAAGACUUCCACCCACUGAUAAAUGACGUCCCUCGACGCAUUGGAAACAAGAACAUCUGUAACCUCAGAGACCUUGAGAAGACGUUGAUAUUCUUGGCACCGGAGUUCUCGGCGACACCCGCAUCGUAUCUGCGUUUCUGCGAGCAGUCAAUCCAGCUUUUGCAUGCGACAGUCGACCACCUCUCCGAGCAAGACCAGCGACUUCCGACCGAUCGCCCAUACACUAACAACUACUUUCUCGAUUUGAUCGAACAGAUCCGCCGCUACGCAGCAAUCAUGGCCGCCACCCGUCAAAAAGAGGAAAAUGGAGAGGAGCUGGACGAGAUGGAUUACUCCCGUGAUGAAAAGAUCACCCUCCGUGGCGGUCUCACCCACAAUGGCCGGCCCGUCGAGAUAGUCCGGAUCAAGAACGGCAAGACCAUUCCCGUGGUCGAAGGUGCCGACCAGGUUGAUACCGGCUUUGCAGCAUCUAAGCGCGCCCUGUCUGAUGCUGACAUGGAUGACGAGAGUGUCACUCGGUCCAUGGCCCGCCGCAGAAAGUCUGAAAAGCCGGGAGAUGUGGAGCAUGUGUGCCGUGAGUGCGAUAAAGUAUUCAAACGGCCUUGUGACUUGACGAAGCACGAGAAGACGCAUUCUCGUCCUUGGAAGUGUACCGAAGAGAAGUGCAAAUAUUUCGAGCUCGGCUGGCCGACUGAGAAGGAACGUGAUAGACACGUCAACGACAAGCACUCCGCUGCCCCACCUCAGUUUAAGUGCAAGUAUCCUCCUUGCGAGUAUAAAUCCAAGCGCGAAUCAAACUGCAAGCAGCAUAUGGAGAAAGCACACGGCUGGACCUACGUGCGAUCCAAGAGCAACGGACGAAAGAAGGCUCCCACUGUGAGCAGCUCUACACAGAGCCCACCGACGCCAGUUUCUCCGUUCCAAAGCACACCGAUGUCCGCUUUCCCCACACCAGUGACUCCGUUCAUGGUUUCCCCGACAAUGCCACUCAUGCAGGACUCAGUCUACUCGUAUGACUUUGGCAAACCAGCGCUUAGCUCGAAUGAUCAUCUUGGUGAUUAUCGCCGAGACUCGGCCACGACAACCGAUGGUUCCAAUUUCACGUAUUCCUCCAGACAUUCUUCAUUUGAGCCUACUGCUUUUGAGAAUGCGCUCACACCAGAGGAGACGAUGUUGAAUCAUGGAGAUCUCUUCAACGGCAUGAACGGGAACUUCAAUAACAUUGUCCAGCAACCCACUCCGUCAUGGGGUGUGGCCCAGUUCGACGAUUGGUCAUUCCCGAUGAACACUACCGCAACCAUCAAUCAGCCAAACAUGACCAACACGUCCACGUCGAAUACCUUGUCGGCGGUAGCUCCACAAUUGUCGCCCACAGCCCAAGCGCACGUCACACUUUACAAUCCAAGCGUGAACGUUGACGAAGGCUUUAUGGAAGACAGCUUCACUUUUGACCUUCCCGGCACCGACUUCACGCUUUUCGAAAAUAUGCAGCCGGCUGGAAUGACGGAGGCUUCGUCCGCCAAUUUCUUCCAGGAUAUCAAUCAGUUUACGAGCCAGUACGACGACAGCCUGUAUGCCGGGCCCAAUGAUGGUAUCAACCUGGAUGACUUGAUGGACUCUUCCCACCAGCAGUAA